CAGUGAUGGAUGACGAGAAAUCUAAGGAAGAAAUAGAGGAUUGGAAAGUGUACGAAGCUUUGUGUAGCAAAUCUCCAACUGAAGACAUGGAGGCCGAUGUUGCUAAUGACGUCGUCACCGCAUUGAGAAGUGAUCUUGCUGGUCUGCAGUACAAAAGAGACAAAUUAAUUUCUGAAAACACGGAUUUAAAAAACCAAAUGCUUUCGCGAGAUCAGAGGAUAUUAGAACAGCAAGUGGAAAUCGACCACUUGCGUGAGCAGAAUGCCAGGCAGAGUGCUGUCAUCUCAUCACUCAGAAAGAAAAUCCAGGAUCUGGAGGACAUACAACGCAGUUUACAAACGUCCCAAGGAAGAAGUGAAGUCACAGUACAGACACUUCAACGUGACAACCGUUACUGUGAAGAGAAAAUAAAGGAUUUAGAAAAAAAGCUCCGAUCCCUAGAGUUGGAGUGUCACAAUGAGGAACAACACAAAGAGAAUGCCCGCUGCCAGUUUCACGACUUGGUGCGGAGGCUUUCUGCAGCUUUGGAGUUCGAUUUUUGCGACACCACUCACAGUCACUCCCCUGAAACUCUUAUCAUCAAGGCCGCCGAACUUGUUCAAGAAAUCACCAGACUUAAAAAUAAAUGCAUGAACACUACUGAUAACUUAUCAACGGUGGAACAAGAUUUAAGAAGUUGCAGAGAUGCUUUGGAAAGAGCAAAUUCUGACAAAGAAAUGUUACAGCGUCAACUAUCCUCUCAAUUAUUAGAUAUUGAAAGGCUCAAACAAGAGAAAGAGUCCUUGUCUGUCUCUAAUAGGGUUUUGGAAAGAGAAUUACACGAAGCACGAGAGAAGUUAUCGCAUUGUUCUAAAAACCUUAACGUGGUAACCGACAACGUAAAUCAGAAUGAAUCCAUUAUUAUACAACUGAAAGAGGACCUUAGACACAGAGAAGAAAAAUACCAAAGACUUCAGGCAGAAUUUCGGAACACGAUGGAAUCCCUCGCAAUCUUGUUGAGCCUGCCCACUCGGUUUGUGGAAGCUCACGAGAGCACUAUCAAGGAUCGGAUACGCGAACUAUUGAGUGAAAACAAAGAUAGGGCCGUGCAAAUCGAAGCUCUUCGCGACAAGUUAGCGGCUGAAUCCCAGCAAUUAAGUAGAACAGCUCACCUGCACGACCAGGCCACCACCCGGGUCCGUAUCCUAGAAGACGAGAGGAACAUGCUGGAAGCCAAGGUUCACAAAUUAGAAGCCGAGCUCAACGCUAUGGAACUUUCUAGAGAUAGCCUAAGGAAAGACAAAGCAAAUUUUGUAGCAUUCCUUGAGCGUCUGGGCAGAACGCUAAAUAUGGAUGAGUUGACGCAGGACAUCGGCAUAGAGCUGCACACUGAGUCGAUAAUGCACCGCGCCGAGCAACUUGCUAGACUUGAGAGCGAUAAAAUUGUUGACAAGAUGCUAUAUUACGGAUACUAUGGCACCCUGCCGCGGCUACGAAGAGAAAGGUCAUUCCAUGAUUUGCCUUAUCUCAAAGAAACAGCCGUAGUUUACCAACUACAGAGACGUAUAAGAAUUCUAAGAGAACAACUGCAGAGGAAAGAUCUUCAUUUGGAUUUGUUACGACGUAAAUUGAGUAUUCAGGAAGAAAGCUCCAGAGUCCGCGCUGUAAUGCAAGCUGAAAGGGACGAAGCAGUCGGUCGCAGCAAGAAACUCGCGCGACAAUGCGACAAACUAGCCGUGCAGUUAAAUGAUGCGCGCGCGCAAAUUCGAGACCUAAACGCCCAGCUGGCUGAUGCAGCAGAGUAUAAGAUAACAUCUCUGGAACGCGCGCGCAAGAUCGAAGAAUUACAGAAGAAACUGGAAGAGGCUGAUUUGUUGCGCGCCCGUUAUAACCGAAAGGUCAACGUACUCAAGGACCAGGUUCGGGCGACUGGAGAAACCUUCGAACAGGAGAGGACGACCACGGAACACCAGAUUUCGAUGCUAAGAGACGACCUAGCGAGGACUAAGGAGUCGUUAGUCGAGUGCCAGAGGAGAGAAGCCCAAUUACUCAGUUUCAGGCAUUCGAUCGCGAAACUCCUCGGUAUCCUAGUGCCGGCCUCAGUGUCGGACUUCGAGAUGGUGUCGCGGCUGCAGAAGCUGAUUGACGCCCACCACGACUUUACCGUCGUGUCGCGCCGCUAUGAUGACCCUACACUGUUAAGAGCCUCUUCGCGGUCGCCUCCGCCCUCUAGGUGUAGAACUAGGACACCGGACCGGUCUCUCCGGUACGACGACUCAGGGUACGCAGACCCUGCCUUCGAACUUGACGACGAGCUUUACAAGGCGCGCGCCGGCUUGUGACAGUCACGGCGGCGCGCGCGCUUCUAAAACAGCGGGUUUCUUAUCGCCAGAGGAUCAUCAACAUUGAAAAUACAUAGAACAUUCAUUCCAGCUUUGGUUUAUAAAGUCGGUACUUCGUUGAUCUGCUGUCGUCUUACACAAUCGCUAAAAUAAACGCUUAGGAAAUGGUAUAUUCUAUAGAUCUCACGUGAAAUUGUUUAUUUAAAAAUUAAAUCACAAAUUGUAAUUUCAUUAGGUCGCAAACCGGUUAAAUGUCAUGAUAAUGAACGUCUGUGGUCGCGUGAUUUGUCUUUUUUUUCGUUAAAUAUAAAACAUGCGCUAGACGUAUGCCCUUGAUAAUUGAAAAACAAAUUAGUACAAAUAUUUAAAUGCUAUUUUCGUUGAUUACACUACCUUGUUAUCAACCCUACUUAAACUUCACUUGUAUUAAAUAAAAGUUGGGAUUGAGAUUGAAAAUUCGAACACAAAAAUCUUUAUCAUCCUACGUACAUUCCUGCCUAGGAAAAAUAUAAGUAGUU